UCAUGAUUGGCUCAGGAUAAUUUUAUAUGCUAAAUAUUUACCUGACAAUGAAUACCAAACCCAACUCAACAAUCUGCCAAACUCUUGUUUUAGAACUUUGUAAAUUACCAACUCAAUCUGCUGAUGACUGAUCAUAAUAAACUAUAAUAAUACACACAAAGACAAGGGGACACAUGUAUAUAGAAGUUAAAUUCAAUAUUAAAGAAACAUAUAUCUCCCUCCUUUAGUAGAGAAAGUAAAGGAAGCCUCCAGUGAUUUAUUUUCAAGCAUCAGGUUCUAAAAAUGGAACAAAAGGCCUUAGAAAUAGGGAGACAAGAGGAUAAAGAAAAAAUAGACCAUAAAUGGGGUGUUGAAGCUAAGAAGGUGUGGCACAUAGCAGGACCAGCUAUCUUGAAUGCAGUCUCAUUGUUCUCCCUUGAGUUUGUUACAGCUGCCUUUGCUGGAAGACUGGGAGAUUUAGAGCUUGCUGCUGUCUCAGAAGUUCAUAACGUUAUAGCAGGCUUUGUCUAUGGAGUCAUGUUAGGGAUGGCAAGUGCUCUGGCAACACUUUGUGGUCAAGCAGUAGGAGCUGGACAGUUCAACAUGCUUGGAGUUUACUUGCAGAGAUCAUGGAUCAUUACUGGAGUUACAUCUUUGUUGCUCACGCCUGUUUUUGUCUUCACUUCGCCUAUACUAAAGCUCCUUCAUCAAGAUAAAUACAUCUCUCAUCUUGCAGGGAAAUAUGCGAUUUGGAUUAUUCCACAAAUGUUUGCAUAUGCCCUCAACUUUCCUAUGCAAAAGUUUCUUCAAUCUCAGAGCAAAGUUUGGUUCAUGGCCAUCGUAUCCAUGGGAGGAUUGGGAAUUCAUGUACUUCUAAAUUGGAUUCUUGUAAUAAAGGCAGGGCAUGGCCUUUUUGGUGCUGCAAUUGCUGGAAAUAUCUCUUGGUGGCUUUUGGACAUUGUUCAGCUUAUUUACAUAAUUUCAGGCUAUUUUCCAGAGGCAUGGACUGGUUUUUCAUGUCUGGCUUUCAAAUCAUUGACUAACUUUGUGAAACUAUCACUUGCCUCUGCGAUAAUGGUGUGUUUAGAGCUUUGGUACUUCACAGCAGUCAUUCUAAUGGUAGGAGGCUUGAAAAAUUCUACAAUUGCUAUUGAUGCCAUAUCGAUCUGCCUUGGCUUGCAACUGUGGACACUUACGGUUGCCUUUGGUUUCACUUCAUCGACCAGUGUGAGAGUUUCAAAUGAAUUAGGAGCUGGAAAUCCUAAAGCAGCAAAAUUCUCAAUUACAGUCAAUGUUUUGACAUCAGCUGUGAUUGGCCUUAUAUUCUCAGCUACAAUAUUAGCUACCAGAAAAGAGUUUCCAAGACUAUUCACAAAUGAGCAGCAUGUCAUGAAGGAGACAUCAAAGCUGGGCUAUAUUCUUGCAGCUAUCAUCUUCCUUAAUGGCAUCCAACCUGUUCUACUUGGAGUGGCAGUAGGUGCAGGAUGGCAGCUUCAAGUUGCCUUAAUUAGCAUUGGAUGUUAUUAUGCUUUUGGGCUUCCAAUGGGUGCAUUGCUUGGUUACAAGUUCAAACUUGGCGUUGAAGGCAUACUCUCAGCUAUGCUUGCUGGCAGCUUGCUUCAGACCCUUUUCCAGUUCUUUAUCAUUGCACGAACCAGUUGGCACAAACAGGCUCAUCAAGCAGAGGAGAGAGUGAGAAUUUGGGGUGGUGAAGUGGAGAACCAAUCAACCUCCUAAUAUAGGCAAGUUAAAUUCAAGGGAUUCUUAAUUUCAAUUCAAUGAGGAAAUCAACCAAGCAAAAGUCCAUCCUGUUUUGAAACAAUAUUGAAGGUGGCAUGACAUCUAUGGGCAAGAUCACUCCAAAUCAUUUGUUUUUUCCUCCUAAUUAUUAGUAAAGAUUCUACAUUUGUAUAUUCAUAAUUUUAUAUGCAUUUAUUUGUCAUAUAUUUACAGUUUACAGGCAACUAGUCUUUCAUUAUAAACAACAGGGAAAAGGAGUAAAUAUACCCUCAACUUUGUGAUCUACAGCAGAUAUACCAUUUGUUUAAAAAGUGAAGCAAAUAUACCCCGUUGUCCACGAAA